AUGAGAAGAAGAUCUCGCAAAGAUUCAACUUCGUUGAAGUUACUAAAAUUCAAAGAUAUUGGAAAAGAAAACUGUGUUAAUAAUAAAAAAUGUAUAACACGAGAUCUCUCCAAGAUCAACAUGUUCACAAAAGCAGUGCGAUCUGAAACAAUUACCAGGCCUGUUAUAUCAACAAAAACGCACCCCGACUUAAGCCAAAGUGAUGGAGAAAAAUCCUACGAUUCUCAGAAUGAAGCUGAAAUUAAGUUUCUUAGCUCAUCAACAUCAUGUCACGAUAGUUCUGAACAUGUUAUUAAAGGAAGUGGCUAUUUAAACCCCAACAGUAUUGAUGACCAUUCCUCAGAUAGCUUUGUUACUUGUACAAACAGUAACAAAAAACAUAACCCUGUUAAUGAAGAAGCUACCCAUCUUAGAGUAUCCUCAUUUACUACAGCAAGCAGAUCAGAAGAGAACUUUGUGGAUUGUUUAUAUGAUGAUCUUAUGGAUGCUAUUCCCCUGUACAUCAAAACCAAUUUCUCAAACCAUAUAAAUGAGGAUGUUAUCAUUGAAAAAUCUAAAAAAGCUCUGCAAAACAUCUAUGCUGUAAAUUGUGAACAGGAAAUGGAGAAUGAUAUAUCUAUUAUUAAAAACAAUGAUAUAACAAUAAAAGUGACUGAAACAUUUGUUCAGAAUCCCAUGGAUUUCCUUAGACUUGGAUGUAUCCAGCAAGAGAGUCACAGUGAUCACACAGAGACUUCUGAUGAAGAUACAACACAUACAACUGAUUAUUCAUACUCUCCAUUUGCAGAGUCACAAAAUCUACACACACUACUAUCUCACACACCUGAGUAUAAUUACUUCCCACAUAAAUUAAAUUAA